AUGAGUACGGUAACAAGAAGUUACAGAGACAGCGAAUGCGGGUGCUUUCAAUCUAAAGACAAAAGCAGGGUUGGUGCCAAGUCUCCAGUGAGAUUGGAUGACAACGAGUUGGACAAACUCAUUGUACAAGGCAUGAACAGUCUCAGCUUCAACGAGCUGCAAACGAAACAAGAAGAACUUCAUGGGGUGUCAGCUGAUAAGUUGGAGAAAGCUGCUGAUGUAGAAAAUAUGCUGAUUGAUGUGGAAAAGUAUUUACAACAGAUUAAGACGGGAACUCCUUAUGAAGUUGCUGAAAAAAUGAAUCAAGAUUACGUUCGAAACCGUGACUUCCAAACGCAGUUCCUCAGGGCCAAUGAAUAUGACACAAAGGCAACCGCGGAGCAACUUAUUCGACAUUUUGAAAUGAAAGCGACUCUUUUUUCAAAGGAUACGCUCGCAAGAGACAUAGUUCUAAGUGAUUUGAACGACGAUGACAUUGCUUGCUUGCUGAGGGGAAGCUUCCAAGUUACAGCAUUCAAGGACCGGAGUAAUCGAAAGAUCAUGGUCCAACUGCCGGGCCUAAGAGAGUACACGACAAUUGAAAAUGAGAUGAGGUCAAUAUUCUACCAGUACAUGCAUAUACUUAACUCGUUGGACUACACCAGUAGAGGCUGCAUUUUUAUAUACUAUGCCGUGGGAGAAUUUCGAGAGAAAAAGAAUGGCCAGGAUAUAUUGAAGUAUGUUGCCGUUGGACAAGCAGUACCGUUAUACGUGGCUGGUUUCCAUCUGUGUUACCUCUCUCCGAGUUCGGCCUUACUUAGCAAAGCUGGAAUUGCAGUGUUGCCGGCGAAAGAUAAGGCCAGGAUGAAGGUUCAUGUAGGAUCUCAUUGGGAAUGCUUGUAUAGGCUCUCUACCUACGGGAUAUCACAGCAUGCCUUACCCAUAUCCUUUUCCACCGAGGAGGUGCUCUUGGAGCAUCAAUUGGCGUGGUACAACGACUGUCUUCGAAAGGAGAAUUUUUCUAAUGGUUCAACCCAGAGCCUGCCGACACCAAAUGAAAAUGAUGUCUUGUGUCUUGGUAGAAAAGUCAAUGGCGUCGGAAAUGACCGUCUACUGGCGAUGGCAUCCCAGCAUGCCGACUGGUACAAUACUGGGAAUUCACGCGAACGUCGGAUUCUAGUCGAUCUUAUCAUGGAAAAUAUUCGCAAGAAAGGUGGAAGAUUCUUAAAACCAGACGAGAAUCACAGUCAUCAUUGGCUUGAAGUGUCGGUUGACGAAGCUCGCAGCAAAAUUGCUCAACUCUUCCGAAAUCUAAAGAAGCGUGCUCGUUCGACUGCGAACGCUUCCCCCACACCCACAAGAUCAGAACCGGAUGAUAGUGCUCGCAUCGUAACUGCAGUGGUGGACGAAGAUGUAUUAUUCGGUCGAAUGUACGAACAUGCAGGAAAUGAAAGGCUCCGUCAUACUGUGGAAGGCAUGGCGGCGGAAUACAAUUCCUCGACUCGGGGAAGAAAGAAGCAAAUUGCCGACUCGUUGGUCCAAGAGGUGAAGAGUCGAGGGGGCCGGUUUCUAAAACCGGUCGAAGGUGGGAGAUGGUUGGAAGUUUCCGACAAGAUGGCGGAAACAAAGGUAUCAGCACGCUUUCGAAAUUUUCGUCGGAAGACUUCUGGUGAUGACAAAACGACAUCAUAA